GUAAUAAGUCUUUAAGCCGAGGAGGGAAGUCUGGUUGGGGCAGUGCGCGGAGCUCAGGCGGAGCGCAGGAAACGGCAGUGCGCGCACGGGCGGCGGCGGAGCAGCGCAGCCGGCAAAACACACUCCGGGCGAUAGCAGAAGGGCGCCGGUGUCCUCUCCCGUAAACACACUCCCCUCCCGCCACCUCCCCUCGCGCCGCCCGCCCGCCCGCCCGCCUUGGCGCCCGCGGCCGCUCGGACUGCUAUGUAACUGCGAGGCUGCGGGAGGAAGGGACUGGGGAGAAGAGGUUGGCCCGGGAGCCUCCGGGGGCCGAGUUGACCGGCACUCGUGCAAGCGCCUCCGCUUAGCCCUCGCUCGCUCGCUCGCCCCUUCCUAUAGCCUCCUUGGCCCGGGCGCUCUUCGCUUCCUCGCGUGCCCAGCAGCUGCGAUUCCCGGCCACCAUGGUGACGAUGGAGGAGCUGCGAGAGAUGGACUGCAGUGUGCUCAAAAGGCUGAUGAACCGGGACGAGAACAGCGGCGGCGCGGUUGGCAGCGGCGGCCACGGCGCGCUGGGGCUGCUGAGCGGAGGCAAAUGCCUGCUGCUGGACUGCAGACCGUUCCUGGCGCACAGCGCGGGCUACAUCCGAGGUUCUGUCAACGUGCGCUGCAACACCAUCGUGCGGCGGCGGGCCAAGGGCUCUGUGAGCCUGGAGCAGAUCCUGCCGGCCGAGGAAGAGGUGCGCGCCCGCCUGCGCUCCGGCCUUUACUCGGCAGUCAUCGUCUACGACGAGCGCAGCCCGCGCGCCGAGAGCCUUCGAGAGGACAGCACCGUGUCGCUGGUAGUACAGGCACUGCGCCGCAACGCCGAGCGCACAGACAUCUGCCUGCUGAAAGGUGGCUAUGAGAGGUUUUCCUCUGAGUACCCAGAAUUCUGUUCCAAAACCAAGGCCCUGGCUGCCAUCCCACCUCCUAUGCCCCCCAGUGCCACAGAGUCCUUGGACCUGGGCUGCAGCUCCUGUGGGACCCCCCUACACGACCAGGGGGGUCCGGUUGAGAUCCUUCCCUUCCUCUACCUCGGCAGUGCCUACCAUGCUGCCCGCAGAGACAUGCUGGAUGCCCUGGGGAUCACGGCCCUGUUGAAUGUCUCCUCGGACUGCCCGAACCACUUUGAAGGACACUACCAGUACAAGUGCAUCCCCGUGGAAGACAACCACAAGGCUGACAUCAGCUCCUGGUUCAUGGAAGCCAUCGAGUACAUCGAUGCGGUGAAGGACUGCCGCGGGAGGGUACUGGUGCACUGCCAGGCAGGCAUCUCUCGCUCGGCCACCAUCUGCCUGGCCUACCUGAUGAUGAAGAAGCGGGUGAGGCUGGAGGAGGCCUUUGAAUUUGUGAAGCAGCGCCGGAGCAUCAUCUCUCCCAACUUCAGCUUCAUGGGGCAGCUGCUGCAGUUUGAGUCCCAGGUGCUGGCCACAUCCUGUGCUGCGGAGGCUGCCAGCCCUUCCGGCCCCCUGCGGGAGCGGGGCAAGGCCACCCCGACCCCGACCUCCCAGUUUGUCUUCAGCUUCCCGGUGUCUGUGGGCGUGCACUCGGCGCCCAGCAGCCUGCCCUACCUGCACAGCCCCAUCACCACCUCCCCCAGCUGUUAGAGCCGGCCGCAGAGCUCAGGACGCACAGUUGGCCCCCAGUGAGGCUUGGGUGAGCCACACGCUUGUGGGCAGCAAGUAGGGACUGAGCAGCUGGGGGCGGGUGACCAAGCUCCGUCCCCAUCCAUUUCUCCUUGGCCGACCAACCACGGGGCCAGCUAGAAUGGCAAUAAGGACCUCGAACACACGUUCAAAGCAAACAAACAAAACACUCCAACUUAGAGCAAUAACGGCUGCGUUGGCGGCCAGGGAAGACCUUGGUUUGGUUUAUGUGUCAGUUUUACUUUUCAGGUAGAAAUUUCUUACCUCAUUUUUUUAAGCAGUAAGGCUUGAAGUUAUGAAGCCCACAGACCCUGGCAAAUGUGCCCAACCAGUUUCCUUACGGGGGAGGGCGGAAGGGGAAGGGAAACGAAGAAGAAAACGAGUUUGCCAGAAGUGCCUGGUUCCGUCUGCUUGUCCUCUUCUUCUUGUUGUAGUCACAGGAAUUUUGAUUUUUAAAAGAAACCUAGGAUAUGACUUUCCUUUCUAAUUAUUCACCAACAGGUGAGUAAUUAUGCUUCAUAACAAAGAAAAAUAUUUAUGAUGACUUUCCUCAGAGUAUGUAAGUACAAGGAGUCUAGCGGCAGUGAAUUUAGAAUAUAUUUCUGUUGGUGUCCAAUAGCAGAGCACAGUAGCAUGCCGGUAUCCAGACAGCGGGGCAGUCAGUGGUGUCGCGUGCGUGCGUGCGUGCGUGCGUGCGUGCGUGCGUGCGAGUCUGCAUGGUGGUCACUGUUCACUUGUCACCACUGAGAGGCAGGCAGGUUGGGGAGAGGGAAGGGAAAGAAAGGUGAGGACUACUUUUUAGUUAUUUCUGCAGCUGGUUCCUGGGCACAUAGACCAUAACCGUAUAGCUUUUUCUGUCCAAUGGUCAUUUGAUGGUUGGAGCGUUUUUCUCAUAGACCUGCCUAGGGCUUGUAUGUGGUCUGUGAUCAAUGCCAUAUUAUUUAUAAGGUGCUCCUGGAACAUUGGGUGCACUUCAGAUUUUCCUACAGUGAAAUCAUCUGGCAAGGCCAUGGGGGAAACCAGAUCACUAGCAAUACCUGAAGUGAAUCCUUUUGUAAGUUGAAAUACUGUCUUUCUUUUGCAUAAAUCGAAGUUUUUAAUUUAAGGGGGUGUUUAUUUGAAAUGAAGUAUACCAACAAAUUCUUGUGUUACUAAAUUCCAGUUAGAUGAAUUUUUAAAAGGCCCUUCAUCUUUUGAAUAAAAAGUGGAGUGGAUGCCACAUUUCAGGUCUCCUUGAAGUUGAGAGGGACAAAAAGCCCCCUUGAUGGUGGGGCAGGGCAGACUCCUUGCCCAAGGCUGGCUGCUGGCUCCUGUGAAGUGCAUCAUGGGUACUUGGGAGCCAUUUUCAAUCCUUAGUUGGGCUAAUUCCAUUUUAAGGGGCCUUUCCAAAUGGAGGAAUGGCUUUAGAGGGAAAAGGACAUUUUUCUGGGGGGAGGGCUUGGGGGGAGGGCAAAGGGAAGAAGCUGUGUGUUACUUCAUUUGUAGUAUUGUGGAACAGUGUUACGGAUUAGAGCUCAUUGCAAACUUGUCCAGAAAUGAGAGCAUUUUUUAAAGCCCUUUGAGAGUCUGGCUCUCUGAACAUUCUUGCUUACCUGUAACAUCAAUUCUCAAGGUCAAAAUUGUGCGGGAAUACUGUUUCUCACCGGUACUGCAGACAGGUCUGGGUUCAUUGCAUUUCCUUCUGUGAACUUGUGUCGACCUAUUUGUCCUGCUCAUCUGUGUCAAGCCCUGCCUUUGGGAGAGGCCAGAGUUCCCACUUCCUGGUUUUAGAAAACCCACAGGUGCCCUGCUGCUCUGGGAGCUGCUUGGCUGAAGAGUUGAUAGGGGAGCGGGAAGGGUUGAGGUUCCCAGAUGGUAGACGCCUUUAGAGACAAUACAGUUGGACAUUUCCACUUCUACCUUGGUUCCUGGAAGUCACUUCAUGUCUGGUGAAGCAUGAGGUCAAGUGAGUUCUGCACUGCAAAAGACAUCGGUGCCAAGAGCAGAUGGGGAGGGCAGAGGGGCUGCAGGAGGAAGGGGCAGGAGCUCCAGAAGAUUCACAUUUUAUAUAAUGAGUGUACAUUUGCCAAAUCUGUCCUCCUUUUUUAGACAAGAUCCCAACUACAUAGGUAGUGGGAACUCAGGAUUAGCUCCAAAUGUCUUUCUCUGCUCCCCAAUUCAAGUCUUCUAUCACAGUGUCAAACAGCUAUUUAUAAAGUCGUUUUCUUUGUACUUGAUAACAGCAUGACUCUUAGAAAUAAAAUAGGACAUUGGCUUGAUUGAACAAGGGAACUGUUUCUAUUGUUAUCUCCCUCCAGAAGUCUCUUUGAUGACUUGGAACGACUCUGAUGAAGACAGUACCAUGGGGUCAGUCCAAUGGCCAGUGGGUUUCCAUAAGCAGCGGUCCCUCCCAUGAAGCAGUGUCUGGUGAUGGUGAAUUUCUGUGACAGCCAGAAGCAUUGCCACACCGAUUACCAGCUUUGCUGCUGGCCACAAACAGCAGUAGGCUCAUUGGGUAUUUACCAUAGAGAGUGAGAGUGCUGCUGAUUCCCUCCCAGGAUCUUGUCUGACUCUUGGGUGUUUGUGGAGGAGUCAAAGGAAUGGACUGGACUUCCCCACAGAGCAGCAGUAGGCAGAAGCACUGGUAGUUCCUGGCUUCCUUUCCUUCCUGUGGCCGGCCGUUGAGCUGGGGUGCUCCAUUUUCCACACAAUUAGGAAGCCAUGAGAAAAUGCAGUGAAGCAGUGGUUCAUCUUGGCUGUCCUUUCCAAUCACCUGAGGAACUUUAGAAAUUCUGAUACCCUGGCCAUUUUUGACCAAGUAAAGCAGAAUUCCUGAGGGUGGGAUCCAGGCAUCAGCAUGGUUCAGAGUUGCCAGGGGCAGCCAGCUGAGGGAGAUUGCCCUUCUGGAUGGCAAGGUGCUGCUGGAGGCUGGGUCUCACUGAAACCACAGCCAGGCAUUUGUCCCUGGCUGUGUGAUCUCCGUACCGUCCUGGCUCAGUUAAGGGACAAAUUGUAUUCUAUGAGGACUUCCUGAAUGGGGUACCUCUUCAUGGUCUUCAAAAGCCAGCUGGUCUGUGGAAUGUUGCUAGUAGACUGACUCUAGGGUGGCUAGGUAUUGAUGUUUUUCCUUCAAAUUUUCUUGUCUAUCAAGAAAAAUGGAGUCUAUUCUGAAGGUUGUCCUCCAGAGUACCCUGCCUUCCUUAAAGUUCCAGUUAUUCAAGAAGAGACUUCAUAAAGACAGCAACGCAAUACUUGUAAAUAACCCCAUCUUGUAGAGUGAGGCCAUUUCUACAUUUCUUACACCUGUAUUUCUGUAGGAUGUAAAUAGUUUAGGGGAUUUUUGGGGGGGUUGAUUUGGUUUUUUUUUUUUUUUUU